UUUUCUGAUCAGAAAGACGCAUCGACUAGCCGUGUGAACCACUCGUCCAGAUGAAGUACCUCAGAGCUGCUUCAAUCACUCUCUUGAUUGCUUUUUCUUCGGCGUUUUCUGGUGAUCACCAGAUCACUCACGCCAGAAGUAAACGGCAGCAGUUCUCACUGGGAAGCAUCCCAACUGUUUUGACAAAUAACGGUCUAACAUCAUUAGUGGAUUCGCUAGUUAAAGCUGGUUUAGCAGAGGCUCUCUCUGGACCGGGACCAUUCACAAUCUUUGCUCCGACUAAUAACGCCUUUAACGGUGUGGACCCGACGACUCUCAAUUCAAUUUUGAAAGAUGUUAAUCUCCACCAAAAAGUUCUCGCAUAUCACAUUGUGGCUUCGUUCAUACCGUCUUCAGCCUUUAAUAAUGAGGUGAUUGUUCAUUCCGCUUCGGGUGAAAAUCUUCGCAUCAACGUUUACAAAUCCGUCCAACCAGAGACGGUGACAGUUAAUGGAGCGCUAAAGAUAAAAACUUUGGAAGCGGGCAAUGGGAUUAUCCAUGUCAUCAAUAAAGUUCUAAUACCAGAACCGGAAAGUAACAUCAUGCAGGUUUUAGAAAGGAAAGGGAAUUUCUCGACACUUCUAACUGCUUUGGCAAUUACUGGAUUAACUCCGACAAUCCAAAACGCCGGCCCGUUCACACUAUUCGCUCCAACUGACGCCGCUUUCAGAUCCCUCCCAGCUGGAGCUCUUGAUUCUCUGAUCAAAAACCCAGAAGAAUUAAAGAAAGUGUUACUAACUCACCUUGUCGCCGGAACGGUCUUCAGUCGGGGACUUCCUUCUGGUGCCAUCACUGUCGUUUCUGGUGCUAAUGUUAAAGCUGUCGUGGGUUUCAAUCGGGUGACCAUUGAUAACGCUCAAGUCAUUGAACCCGACCUUUUCGCUUCCAAUGGAGUCAUUCACGUAAUCGACUCCGUGAUCCUUCGUCCAUUUGAUCAACCAGUAAAAGCCGUUUCCAAUGAAUUAGUAAAAGCGGUAACCAAUCAACCAAAUAAAGUGGUUGCCAAUCAACCAAACAAAGCUGUUGCUAAUAAACCAACAGAAAAAAUAGUUGUCAGUAAUCCAACAGAAAAAACUAUUGCCAAUAAACCGACAGAAAAGACGAUUGCCAUUGCCAAUCAACAGCCAACGCCGACAGUCCGUGACAUUCCCAUAAUACUGAAAGAGAACGGUUUGACCACCUUGGCCAGUUUAGUUGCGAAAGCUGGCCUAGCCAGUGCACUUUCCGGACCAGGACCAUUCACUCUCUUCGCUCCAACAAAUGACGCUUUCGGUGCUAUCGAUUUAUCCACUCUAAACACCCUGUUGCAAGACGUCAACCUUUUGAGAAGCGUUUUGACUUAUCACGUCGUGACGUCCGCUUUAGCACCCGCUUCCAUAGAAAACGAACUUGUCAUCAAAUCAUUGGCCGGUGAAAGUCUUCGCUUCAACGUGUACAAAAAAGGAAAGGUGGUAACUAUCAACGGAGCGCUAGGUUUGAAAGUUUUGGAAGCUUCAAAUGGCAUCAUUUACGUAAUCGACAAGGUCCUCGUGCCAGACAAUGAUAAAAGUAUCGUCAAAGUGCUGGAAAGCAAAGGGAAAUUCACGACAUUGAUUUCUGCGCUCGUCGUUGCUGGAUUGAAAAAUCAUCUCGACACUGCUGGCCCUUUCACGUUAUUCGCACCAACCGAUGAUGCUUUCAAAGCCCUUCCCGCUGGUGUGUUGGACUCAUUACUUAAUAAGCCGAAAGAAUUGCAGAAGGUUCUGCUUAGUCACGUCGUUCCUGCCACGCUAUAUGGCCGAGGACUUUCGAGCGGCCAGCUCCAUCUUGCACGCGGUGGAGAUGUUGCGGUAACUGUGAAAGAAACUGGAGUCAAAAUUUCAAACGCCGACGUAAUUGAAGCUGAUAUUGCUGCUGCAAAUGGUGUAAUUCAUGUCAUCAAUAAUUUGUUUUGAACGCCUAAUUUCCUGCAUAAUUUUCAAUUUGAAGAAAUUACUUCCAACUUCACUCAUACAUAGAGAUAAAUUUUAUGUCAAAGUUUCCUUUUUUAAAAUAGCUUUAUAUGAGUUUCAUAUCUCGAUCGCCUAUGUACUGUACAAAUUAUCUUAGGUAAAUACACGAAAUACCGAUUUAAAA